ACUCAUUGGUUAUCACGCUAUGUCGUCUCAGUUCCGACUGCUUUGCGGAAUUCACCUAAAUUAGUAUUACUGCAGGAACAACUCGGUGAUAUUGUCUUCGUUGAACUUCCGGAAAAAGAUGCCAAAAUCGUAAAAGGUGAAUCAACUGGAGCAGUAGAAAGCGUUAAGGCAGCCUCCGACAUCUACGCACCGGUGUCCGGUACAGUAACGGAAAGGAACGAAGUGCUCGAGCAGGAACCGGGAAAAAUAAACAAGAGCCCAUUUGAUGAGGGCUGGCUAUAUAAGCUGAAGCUGUCGGACAAAAAUGAACUUGGCGAUUUGCUUUCUGAGAAGGACUACCAGGAGUUCAAGAAAGAGGAUGAAGGGCACGAUUAA